AUGGCCGAUUGGAGUUAUGUUAAUCGUGAGAAGCAGAUUCACGAGAAGGUCUUCGACACACUCUCCCGUCCACUAUCCCGUGCCUCCAAAGCUAAAUCCGAUGGUAACCAGUCGUCAAAAGAAUCGCCGUCUCAGUCACCUUUCAACAUGUUCUCCGGCGGAAGAAAAGUGAAAUGGAAUCAUUUUGGCAAGAAGUAUGCGUUGAGAUUUUCGGAUUACGAGAUGGAAUACGCGGAUUUGUACGAUGUUCUCCUCAAAAAAGUGCACGAGGUCCGCGCCGACUUCGAAGGCGACCUCGCGUUCAUAGACCAAUACGGUCGUCAAGUCAUCGUCUCCUCCGACAAAGACGUUCGUGAGGCACUUCAACAGACCAAGAACAAGCUGAAACUGCACACAACACUCCGCGACGGACACGUCAUCGCGGCAGCUGAUAUGGCCGAGGCGGCGGCACGUGGAAGACCUGCCAGAUCGCAGUCGGUGCCACCGGAACGCUCCUACAACACGUAUCCACAACGGUCGCCGUCGUCGAUGGACUCCGCACCGGAGACGUAUCGCCAUCAUCCACAUCAGAUGACACGUGCCAUGUCUCCACCGCCGAUGUCUGUCACCACUGGCACCACACAUUCUCCACCGCUACGUCAGAUUGGGGAAACUGUCAAGACGACGUACAGUCACAGCGGAAGUUAUGGGGGAUUGUACCCAGGAGGAUACAAGGGAUAUCCACCAUAUGGCGGCGGCUACUCGAAUAGCAUUCUCUACGGAAUGCCACCACACAAUGGAAUGCUUUGGAGAUUCCUCGCCAACCCAUUCCCAUUCGGCCACGCCCAAUCGUCUCGCUCAUUCAUCGGACCCAACAAAUACCACCACUUUGGAGGGUACAAUCACAUGUACUCGUCUGGAUUCGGAGGACCAGUCUGGUAG